AUGGCGAAAGCUUCCCAUACAUUGCAAAAAGGUGCUGUCGCCCGGCACAUCGCCAAAACCCAUAACGUGAAAGCUCGACUCGAUGUUCUGGCGAGGAACAUUCCUCAGUCAGAUAUCCGAAAAUCUAGAGCUGUUUGGGACGUCGCGUUCGACUCUGAUCACCGUCCAGUUCUUCUCAGCUUCAAGAUACGGUUCCACAAGAGAAACCGAGGAGUUCCUCUUCAACCGAAAAUCGACAUGGUAGGUCUGAAAGACGAUGAAUGCGGAACAAAAUUCCGCCAACAUGUGUCUAUUCAUGUUGGAGUACGGACAAGGAAAAAGCUUAGCGAUGCGGAUUCCUUCACAAAGUGCAUCCAGGACGCUGCAAGGGAAACGCUCCCGGUUCUAUUGCCGCGGAAGAAGUUUGCUCUUGCAUCUGCGGAAACAAAAUCCACUACAAUUCUAAGGAAGCUGCAUCGUCAACUGCAACAAGACCGCGAUAACAAGUGGACGUCAAGAGCGAUGGAGUUUGAAAAGGCGUGGGAGGAUAAGAACCCGCGGAAAGCUUAUGCUUUGCUAAAACAGUAUAGCGGCAAAAUGAAAAGAUGUUCUUCUGUCCUCAACACUGCCAAUGGAACCUUGCUGAGCCGGCAAGCACCGUCAGCUCCUGAACUCGAGCACGUUCAUAGGCCGACAUAUGCGGUUAACGAGGAGCCACCGACUAAGUCGGAGGUUCUAGUCUGUAUUCAAAAAAUAAAGAAUGGAAAAUCUGGUGGAGACGACGGGAUUAGCGCAGAAAUGCUAAAAUAUCUUCCUCCGUCUGGGAUCCGUGAGAUGACAAAGAUCAUCCGUUCAAUAUGGAUAAACGAAAGGAUACCUGAUUCGUGGAGACACGCUAUCAUAAUUCCCCUCCACAAGAAGUUAUCCGUCACGGACCCCAGGAAUUAUCGAGGAAUCUCUUUGCUGCGUGUUAUGUACAAAGUAUUGGAGCGCAUUAUCCUGGACCGACUCAUUAAACAUCGCGAAGAAACAACGCGCGACGAGCAAGCUGGCUUUCGUCCUGGCCGAUCUACGAUUGACCAGGUGUUCAUCGUCAGGAGAGUGAUCGAAAUCUGGCAGCGGUAUUCGAAGCCAAUGCAACUAGCGUUUCUUGACUUUGAAGCCGCGUUCGACUCUCCUCACCGAGGUUGUCUUCUCAACGCGCUCCGCGCCGACGGAGUACCAAGAAAAUUCGUUCGCUUGCUUGAUGACAUGAAUCAACGAGCAACUGCUGCAGUUCGAACACCAGCCGGAUGUACAAUACCAAUACGGAUGUACAAUUUGAAGUGA